CCAGAAUGGGGACGGAAGCCUCCGCCUCACCGGAACAGUUCACUAAGAUAAAAGGCACUGAUGUGAUCCAGGAAAAGGCCAAAGAAAAUGAUGUAGACAAGGUGUCUAAGCUAAAGGAGAGGCAGAGCAGCUGUGGCCUUGAGGUGGACUGCUCCUAUGGAGUCCUUCAAGCCAAGAUUGUGGAAGGGGAGUUGGAAUUGGCUCCCUCAAAUGAAGAGAAUGAGAAGCACAUACUUACCUUGCAAACUGUGCAUUUUGCCACAGAUGAAACCGACCACCAGGAGAUGAGCCAGUUGACGGUGCAGCCAGCAGAAGGAAUGCACGUCAUGGUGCAGCAGGGAGAAAGUGGCUUACAAUCCCUACUAGUGUUGCAGCAAGACAUCAAUGUUCAAGCGGAGUUAAAUGAGAUACCGCACCAGAAUUUGCACCAGUGUGUUGCAAUAAGCAUUCAGGAAGAGGUCUUUUCGCUUCAUGAAAUGGAGGUGAUGGAGAUUAAUGUUGUGGAAGAAAGUGUUGAAGUUUCCAGUGAAGAAGAUAAAUUGACAGUUAACUCACCACUAGAUGAAAACACAGAAUUAAUAAAGGAUAAAGACAAAGGUAUAUAUGGGGCUGAAGAAGGGGAGGUCCAGCAGUUAUGUGAAGAAAGAGAAUUUACUGAUCAAAAGGAAGAAAUAUUUACUUUUGAAAAACUCAGAGAGGGAGAAAAGGAAGAAAUCAUUCUGUUACCAGCCAACUCAGAAAUUGAAGAGCAUGAGGAUGUACAUUCAUCAGAACAAGACAUUGAUGAGGUCUCUGGAACUGCAAAAAAUCAAGCAAAGUCAAAAGGAAUGAAACGAACCUUCCAUUGUGAAAUCUGCAUAUUCACCUCUUCUAGAAUCUCAAGUUUUAAUCGUCACAUGAAAACUCACUCUGAUGAAAAACCUCAUAUGUGUCAUCUCUGUCUGAAAGCCUUCCGUACUGUCACUCUUCUGCGGAAUCACGUGAAUACACAUACAGGCACUAGACCAUAUAAAUGCAGCGACUGUGAUAUGGCAUUCGUGACUAGUGGUGAACUUGUGCGACACAGACGUUACAAACAUACUCAUGAGAAGCCAUUUAAAUGUUCAAUGUGCAAAUAUGCUAGUGUAGAAGCAAGCAAAUUGAAACGUCACAUACGUUCACAUACUGGAGAACGCCCUUUUCACUGUUGUCUCUGUAGCUAUGCUAGCAAAGAUACCUAUAAACUGAAAAGACACAUGAGAACUCAUUCAGGUGAAAAACCUUACGAAUGCUACGUCUGCCAUGCCAGAUUCACCCAGAGUGGUACCAUGAAAAUACACAUACUGCAGAAGCACAGUGAAAAUGUCCCCAAACAUCAAUGUCCACACUGCUCUACAGUCAUUGCAAGAAAGAGCGACCUUCGUGUCCAUUUGCGAAACCUGCACUCCUACAAAGCUACUGAGAUGAAGUGCCGUUACUGCCCCGCUGUAUUUCACGAGCGCUAUGCCCUCAUCCAGCACCAGAAAACUCACAGAAAUGAGAAGAGGUUCAAAUGUGACGACUGCAACUAUGCCUGCAAGCAGGAGCGGCACAUGACAGUGCAUAAACGUACCCACACAGGAGAGAAACCAUUCACCUGCCUUUCCUGCAAUAAAUGUUUCAGGCAGAAACAACUUCUGAAUGUUCAUUUCAAGAAAUACCAUGAUAAAAAUUUCAUACCAACUGUUUAUGAAUGCCCCAAAUGUGGCAAAGGUUUUUCACGAUGGAAUAAUAUGCGCAAACAUUCUGAGCAUUGUGAAGCAGUGAAAGGAAAGUCUAUUCCAUCAGCAAAAGGAAGGAAAAAUAAAAAGAAAAAACAAAAGGACCCAAAACAGGAUGCAAAGGAAGAAGUUGUUGAGCAGAUGCCAAUUGAAGAUACUUCCAUUGUAAACAUAGAGCAUCAUCCAAAUGAAAUUGUUCCUGUCGUAUAUGGAAUGGCAGCAGAUGUUGAAGAACCAAAAACAGAAGUGACUUGUGAAAUGAUCCUCAACAUGAUGGAUAAGUGAUGCAGAUAAAAAUUUUGCAUUUUCUUUUAGUACCUCAUUUUUAAUUAAAGGUUUUUUUUAGUGUCUAAAUUCUAAACACAGCAUGAAUACACAUUUAAGAAAAUUAAUUUUAAAGAACUUUUCAAAAGUUCAUAGUGGUGCCUAGAUUUGCCUACUUACGAGGGUAGAAUAAGGUGUUUAGAAAUCUACUGAAGUUAAUGUUAUUCAUAUCAAUUUUGUAAAGGGCUUACAAUUCUGAGUCAGAGCAUUUUAACUUCAAAGACAUUAAACUUAUCCAGGUUAGGACCUUAGCAAUUUAUAGUUAAUAAAGAAUGAUAUUAAAGUUACUCUUUUGAUGGUAGACUAAAUUGAGUGUGAUCUUAUGGUAGCGGGUAGUCAUGAAUCCAUAGUAUUUCCAGAUAAUCCAUGCUGUUUAAAAUGUAUAGCACUUAGAAAAAUUUAUAGACCUCCUCUGUAAAAGCUGACACUGCCAUAAACCUUAAAUUACUAUUUUUAGUAAUGAUGCUUUUAUUUAACUUACUGUUAUGAAAUAACUUGAAAAAUGACUCCAUAAGAAAUGAAAAAUGAUAAAAAGAAUUAGUCUAAAAAACAAUGAAGAAUAUAUAUGGAGGUUUAAAAGAGAUUUAUUUACCUUUUAGAAUUUUUAUUAUCUGUUAAUUAUGUUUUAGGCAGAUGUAAAAUUCCCUUAAAUUUAAUAUCAGAUAGCUAAGCUAUCAGCUACUUGUACAUCAAUCCAUAUCUAUUGUUACCCAUAUUGUUAUUUAAGCAAGUUUAUAUUUCUAAAGAUAAUUGGCAAAGUGAAAAAUAUUAUAUUCAUGAAGUUACAUGUUUUUGAGGAAUUUAUCUUAUUUUUAACUUGUCUUUUUGACAUGGGAAUAUUUGACCUACUUUCUCAUUGCAUGGGACAUGUUAUUUCAAUUUCAAAUUAACUAUUACAUUUCUGUAUGAUGAGCCAAAUUUUUCUUUUUUCCUUUAUUGAACAGUUACUUUUGGUAAAUUUAAGCAUGUCUUUUCAGUGUUUCAGAAUCAUUGAUAAGUCAAUUCAGGUUCUCAAGAUUUUGAUGUGUUCUUUAAAAUGUUCCAAAUAUAGAAGCUCUAUACCUUUUAAUUUAUGUUGGUAAAUUAAUUAACAAGAUGUAAAUUUUGCAAUCUGGUCUAUGCUAUUAUUAUAACCUUUGUUAUGUUAGAAACUUGUCACAUUUUACUAUUAUUUCAAAUAACUCCAAUGAAAUGCCUUUUUAAAAAAAAUUCAUGAAUUAUGACCCUUUAAAUGGUUCAUUUUGCUUCAAAGCUAUGACGCUUCCUUUUGACAAUAUGAAUGUUGACUUUAGGAAAACUUGUUUAGACAGUAAAGUUAGCCAUGUUAUUAAUAGUUUCAGAAUGUAUGUCUUAAUACAUUUCAUAUUAUUAUAAAGUUUAAAAUGUUUUGUGCUGAAAAAUGUUCAAGUGAUAUUUUGAGUCCACAGAAGACAGGUUAAGAAGCAGAUAAUGAAAGAAAGUUUUGAGUCUGAAAACCACUAAAACACUAAGAAAAACAUUUUAAAUAAAAAAUUUUGAAUAAUAUGAAUAUUUUGAAUACAUACAUAUCUUCUGCCUGCAUAGAAAAUAUCCAGAUGAUAAACUUUCACUUUCCAUCCAGAUAUUUUGAUGUUCUAGAGACCUCCCAAAUUUGUUUUUAUCAUUAUAUACUGAAUAUGGAGUAGAAAACAAUGACAGAUCUUUCCCAAAAAGGAAAGUCUCUUUUUUAGAUCAAUAAAAUGUACCCAAUUGAUAAGUCUGACUUAUUUUGCUGUCGAGGAUGGAAAGUUUACAGAAAAAUCUUAGCAGUUUGUAUCAUUAAUUUGUACUAACCGGAAAAGAUAAAGUAAAACCCUUGUUUGUCUUCAGUAGUAACAGUAAGGCUAGUUAUAUAUGAAGAAGCAAAAAGAAAAUAACAUCUAUAUUAAUUUGAAAGAGAAAUAUUUAUUGAGCUUUACUGUGAUUGAGUUUUGAAUGUUUGGUUAAUGACCUGCCUCUGCAAUGAUUGGGCUUAAAAUACUUUUGAUGUCUAGCACUAAAUAACUCUAGACAAUAGACAAAUCUUGCAUAAUUUAACGUCUCUUUUUAAGUCACAUUACAAGUGUUUGACAACAGUUUAAUUGAAUAAAGGUUGCUUUUAAAACUGACUUGAUAUCUUGCGAUUUUAUUUUGUUAACAACCUGUUAUACACAUGGUU